AUGAGGAAUAAAUUCCAGUGUAUUGAAGAUAGAAACGCACGCUUGGGAGAAAGAGUUCAUCUCACCAGUAGGUACACCCGACUGUUAAUGAUAAAGAAACAUCGGACCCAGGAAGAGAGGGAACACGAGAUAACAUCAUCUGGGAAAAAACAUCUACAGAUAAUGAUGAACAGAUCUUCCAACGAAUAUUCCCCAACAGCUAUCGGGAAUCUGUUUGAUCCCGAUGAAGAAGGGAAAGCUCCGGGCAUCGUCGUGUUACAGGGACCUGCUGGGAUUGGGAAAACUAUGACAGCCCAGAAGAUUAUGCUGGACUGGGCUUCUGGAGGUCUAUAUAAUGACACAUUUAAUUAUGUUUUUUAUUUGAGCUGUAGAGAAAUCAACACUAUCCGAUGUAAAAUAAGCCUCGCGGGUCUUAUAUCCAAGUUAUGUCAGCUGAAGUGUCCACACAACGUAAUUAAUUCCAUCUGCAGCCGUUCCUCAAAGAACCUUUUUAUCGUAGAUGGUUUUGAUGAACUUGCGUGGUCCUUCACCAACGAAACUGAGGUUUGUGAAGACCCAUUUCAAGAGACCACCAAGGAAAUCAUUCUAAACAGCUUGUUCAGAAAACAAGUUCUUGAGAAAUCUUCGCUGGUAAUUACGAUACGACCGUUUACGCUGGAGAAGCUGAGGGAGGUGGUCAAAUUUCCCCGUUACGUAGAGGUCUUAGGAUUUACAGAGCACGACCGUGAAGAAUAUUUUCAUAAUUUCUUUGAUCAAAAGGAGUGGGCAGAGAUGGCCCUCAAUAUCGUUAGAGAAAACGAAACGCUCUACACGAUGUGUGCCGUCCCUAUAACCUGCUGGAUCGUAUGUACUGUUCUUAAGCAGAAGACAGAAGAGGAACUCAACGAGAUGAACUCUCGGACGCUCACCUCGAUUUACUUGCUCUACCUCAAGAGCUUAUUAAAGUAUCAUAGCAGAACCCCCAACGUUUCAAUGAACUCCUGCAUGAAGAGGCUGAGCGCUUUAGCCAAGGAUGGCAUAUGGGACCAGAAAAUCCUGUUUGAGGAGGAAGAUAUCCGACGGCACGGCCUUACCGUGUCGGACAUCGAAUCUGUCUUUCUGAAUGAAAACGUCUUUCAACGGGACAUUGAGACGUACACGUGUUACAGCUUCAUUCACCUGAGUGUACAGGAGUUCUUUGCCGCUCUGCACUACGUACUUAUUGACGAAGCAGAAAGCCGCGACCCCGCCGGUCAACGAGAAGUCUCGGCUUUGUUGAAGAAGUCCGAAACCCACCCGCAUGUUACGCUGACGGUGCGAUUCUUGUUUGGUCUUUCUAACGGAAUCCAAAGAAAAGAGAUAGAAAGACUCUUUGGGUGUCCGAUGUCAGACCACGUCAGGUCUGUCUUGGAAGGAUGGCUGAAUGAAGUGGCUCGCAAGAAAUUUAACGAAACCCUCCAUUGUUUGUGCGAGGCUCAAGACGGGGGACUCGUAGAAAGGGUGAUGUCCAACUUUUCGCACGUCGAUGUCUUGUCGUACAUCAACCUCAGAGCUAUUUCCUACUGUCUAGUCAACAGCCUCAAAGACCACAGUCUAGCCUUCAAACACUGCACCAUCGACUCCAAAGCACAGAAAAUAUUAUCCCCAGCGCUUCAGAAAUGUGUGAAGCUUAGCUUUCAUUGUUGCCACUUUGGCGAAAGGGCAGAAGAGGAUUAUGGGUUUAAGAACAAGACUUCCCUUGCAGAAGAAUACAGUUUCCGGUGGCUGUGUAACUCACAGAGUAACACUCGGGAUUUCAGUUUGAAGAGCUGCCAUCUGUCACCGGCCAGCUGGAGGAAUCUUCUUUCUGCUGCAAUUAGCCACCGCUUUCUGGUCGUUUUGAACCUGAGUUGCACUGAACUGCAGGACUCUAUCGUUCACCAUCUCUGUACGGCUCUGAGACACCCAGACUCUACUCUACGGGAGCUCGAGCUUGAAAAGUGUGGCCUGACCUCGGCCUCGUGCGAGGAACUUGCAUCUGUCCUGAUUAAAAACCACUCUCUCCUUAAACUGCGUUUGGGUUUAAAUAAACUGACCGACUCCGGUAUACAGCAUCUGUGCGAGGGCCUGAAACACCCCGACUGUACCCUGCAAGAACUCAGUUUACUGGGCUGUGACUUGACGUCAGCCAGCUGCGUGGAUCUCGGCUCGGCGCUCGCGAGGCCGUCUUUGAGGCGUCUGGAUCUUCGUGCAAAUAAACUGAAUGACCCCGGAAUGAAAUCUCUGUGCGCCGGGCUUAUACACCCCGACUGUGCGCUGAGGGACCUAAGGUUGAACCACUGCAGCUUGACUUCGUUGUGUUGUGAGGACCUCGGCGCUAUGAUGACAAAAAACCGAUCCCUCACCAGCAUGAAUCUGGCAUUUAACGAUCUCAAAGACUUGGGAGUAAGACAUCUCUGCAAGGCACUGAGACAUCCGGACUGCAUUCUGCAAGAGCUGACGUUAUCAAGCUGCGGCCUCACCUCGUCCUGCUGCGAGGAUCUCAAAGCGGUCAUUAUUUUAAAUCGAUCUCUCACCCAACUGCAUCUCAGACAUAAUAAACUAGAAGAUUCGGGAUUAAGACUCAUUUACGCUGGAAUAAGACAUCCAGACUGCACCCUCCAGACACUCAGGUUAGAAGAUAACGCCAUCGAUGUCGAUAACUACAGACGACAGAUCGGGCUACCUUCCGUGUCGCCAAGCGAAGGGAAACCAGAGCCCGCUAGGACUAUAUUGAGGGUUUGUCGUCUGCUGUGAGUCAUGAAAAGAAGCCAUUUUGAAUUUGGGGCAUACCAACAUAUCGACACGAUGUAUAAAAUAUAUUUUAUUGAAUCGAUACUGAAGGUCAGCCCUCGGGUUUCUACGAUGGGUUAGAGCUUGAUGGCGACACGUUCUACUAUCUCGGCGUUCUUGGUAUCCACCGACAUGGUUGGGCUGAUCCCGUUGAUCUUCAUAUAACUCAUCGCACGAGAACCGUUGUAUCUCGGCCCCGUGUAUCUCGAUGGUUUAUUUGGAAAGUUGAUAGUUGGCCAAUUACAUUCAACGGCGAAGACGACGGUGGUAAUUCAAAAGUAAUUUUUAACAAUAAUGUCAGUAAUAAAAGAAAAAUAUAUAAAAAAUAAAUAAAUUAGUGGCCUAGGACCCAAAGGUGACAGCCGCUGCCGAUUAACACACUAUGAGCGUCACUACAGAUCAUAGCGAUGGGAAAAUGUAUCAAUCCCUAUGCAAGGGGCUAUCAAGCUGAUGCAUGAUUAUCAGAUGAAGAAAAAAAAGAGGCCCAUGUGAUCUCAUUAUGACAUCAGGGGGGGGUCAUCUUAGAUGGGGUCUAGGAGUCUCUUCAUGUUGCAGUGCUCAAUAAUAAACAGCAGUGAAAGAAAGGUGGGGGGGAGUAAAAAAUAAAA